AUUGCUGAGACAUUGUGCAAAAGCAAUGUCAACGCGACACACGUGUUCUUCUUUGCCUAUAUUCAGCCUCAGUCAAGGGAAGGAGGUGGAAUCUGGAGCACUGCGGAGAUGGUCAAAGUGAACAAAGCAUUGUUAGCCAACUUCUUGGGUGCCCUAGCCAUGAACAAGAUCAUCCCCCAAAUUGUUGUACUCCGGCUCGGUGCCAAAUAUUGUGGGCUUCACUUGGGCCAAACGGCAAAUUCCCAGGUGGAAAGCUUGCCCCGAUUCAGCAAAGAGCACGGUAGUGGGCGGAUUACCACCCGCCCAUCCUACAUUGUGGGUACGGCGACAACCCCCGUGAUAAAUCUGUGUUUGUCAUUAGGGAUUUAUGCAUCAUUCCAAAAGUAUCUUCUCAAAUCCUUCCCAUUCACCUGGAGCCUCUUUUGGCCCAUGCUAGCAGAUCACUAUGGCAUUCCAUGGAACGGGUCGGCAACAGACCCCAACACCCAAUGGAGAGAGAUAAAUACACAACAAAAUCCUCUACCCCGUGGCUACGGAGAUCCGGAAACUUUGCGAUUCGCCUUCUCUCUGACAGAGUGGGCAAAGCAAGCUGAGAUUCAAGAAGCAUGGAAGGAGAUCGAGGCUACGUAUGGUGUGAAUUGGAGUGGAAUUGACGAUGUCGAGAAAGUCUUUGGCUUCACGGAUUUCGCCUUGAUUACCCCUUAUCCCUCAAAUUUCAGCAGGGACAAGGCUCAAACGCUAGGAUUUUUUGGCUAUGUCGAUACCUGCGAGUCUAUUCUUAGAGUGUUGGACGACUUCGUGGAUAUGAACAUACUCCCCAUAAUCGCAUAA